AGUCUGCGACACCCAAACGGCAGAGCACUGAUUCGGUACCGCUUGGAAGAACUACAAACAUCACUUAAGAGGACUUCCACGCAUGGACUGGCAUUUGUGGCAACGGAUGCUGGCGCUUCGUCCGCCUCCUGCUCGUCCUCGUCAGUCGUCUUCGUCCUGUGCUCUAGUCCGCAUUGGCGAGACGGCGAGCGAUCGAAGGCUGCAGCAAUUCUUCGGCCCAAGCCAUUCCAGCUGGAACCCCUAAACCGGCGACUGAACCUCUACAAUGUCUUACGAUCUCCGUCUUCUUGCGUGUACAUUCUUAGCGCUCGGGGCGCGGGUGCAAGCGAUCUCUCUUCGCACGCACAACCCCCAGGAUAAAUACAUUACUGCACUCGCAUCGUGCCCCGCCGGAUAUGCGGCGAUCUUGUCCGUGUCAGAGUGUGACGCAGCUGGCAGUGCGCUUGGGCUUACGCCGGGGCCCUGGGCGUCGACCAACUAUGGUGGCAGCUGUGCGAAAUGGGACGGCGGGUGGGCGGCAUGGGGCAUGGCCUUCGUCCCAUCCCGCCACCGCGCCUUGGAGCGAUCGUUCGGCGACUCGAGGGCCUCUUGGACCGUCUGGGAGCCCUCUUGGGGCCCUCUUCGCCCGUCUUUCGGGUUUUUGGGCCCGAUGUAAGGAGCAAUUCCUGCGGGGAGGCGCGCCUGGCGCGCCGGGAGCCCCAGGAGAUGUGAGAAUUUUGGGUCGGGGCCUUGUGAAAGAUCCUCAGGACUCGGGACUGAGUGGGCUCAGGAGAUUGAGCAAUGAACCUGAGGACACGCCAACUCGUGCCUCGCAGGCACGGUGGCGGGCUCCGCGAGCAUCAUGCCCACCUCGUCAAUCAUCUGUGCCGCUGUGCCCAGCCCGACGUCGUCGGCUUCUGCCAGCCCUACCGCCGCGGGUGCGAUUGCUGCCACCGGCGAUCCCCAUCUGCAGAACAUUUAUGGUGAGCGGUUCGACGUGAUGAAGCCUGGCAGGCAUGUUUUGAUACACAUCCCCCGCGGGGAGCCCGACAAGAGCACAUUGCUUCGUGUGGAGGCUGAGGCACGCCGAUUGGGUGGGCAAUGCUCGGAUAUGUACUUCCAAAGCUUGAACGUCACAGGGGCGUGGGCAGAUGCGAAGCAACCGGGAGGGCUCCAUUACGACUCGCAAAGUGAUGUCAACUUGACUGCAGACUGGGAUAGUUUUGGACAGGUUGACCUAAAAGUUGUUCAUGGACGUACGCAGCAAGGCAUCCUGUAUCUGAACUUCUACGUCAGACAUUUGGGUCGAGCGGGGUUUGUUGUAGGAGGCUUGCUGGGGGCAGAUGACCAUUCGGACGCAGAAGCGGUCCCAGAAGCGUGUGUCCAGCGACUGUCUCUCCUGGCGCAGAAUGCAGACUUGCACAGCCAUGGCUCUUCAUCAUCGGUAGCAGUAGCAGAUCUCUAGCUAGACUCGGACGGCCAGACCUAACGUGCACUCGUGAUAAAAGACAGGGUAUCAGUCAUAUUGUUG